GAUGUAAUAGCGCCAAAGCAAGUAGAGGAUAAGUAACUAGAGUUACAGCUAUAUAUACUUUUCAAACCGUUAAUGGUAAUAACAACAACACAACGGACAGAAAAAAGUGGGCAGCAGGCAGAUAUUGCCGUCGACGAUGUUUGCCCAGAUUUUGCUUGCGCACGCACAACAUGACAAACUAAAGCAGAAGUCGGCGCCAAAUGGCGAAUGACAAAUGUCAAAAGAAAUACAACAAAACAUAAUAAAAGCGCAAGCGUAACACACAGGUCGCAACACAGAAAGAGAAAGAAGGCUUGUGCUAGAGAGAUAGGUGCAGUGACCAAGAGAGUGCAAGUGGGGGCAAAAGAGUGCAAAGAGAGCGCAAAUGCAAAAAUAGUAUAUUGAAAUGAAUGCAAUUGACGACGACGCCGCUGUUGCCGUUUCUGCUGCGGUCGACGUCGAAAUUAAUGCAGCAAAGUAGACGAAAUAAUUAAAGUAAGCCCGCAAUGAAAUUGUGGAAAAGAAAAGAGUUUAUAAAAAUGCUUGCAAAAUGCGCGCGCCACCACAGUUGUAAGCGAGACGCUGACCGACAACAAGAGUCGAAGACUGAGGAAAGUAUCACGGCAGCAAACAUUUACUCGCCCCCCCCCCCCCCCCCGUAACGGCUUUUCAAAAACCAAACGGGAAACAAUUUCAAACGCAGUUAAAAGAGGAAACAGACUGUUUGUGCAUGUAUCUUUAUGCAUGUGUGCAUGUGUGCAGCUUAAUUAAGUUCAAAUUAAAUAUUAAAUGCGUGCGCCAGCAGUGAGCAGCAAGAAAAAGCAACGCAAAUGGUUUUACAGUCGGCAAGUGUUUCAAUUAUUACGACAUUGACAGCACGACGGCUGUUGCUGUUGCUGCUCACCUGGAUGACCUGGUGCUGCUGCAGCCAUGUGGCUGUUGCACUCGACUGGCAACAGGUGAAGCCCAUGUACUUAGUAUCCAUGUAUCCGGGCCCGUUUGGCAUGCCCCUGUCGCAAAAGCCAUCAACCAUCUCCCUGUCCGCCGAACUGGAUGCGGAAAUGAGCGCUAGCAAUGACGAUAGCCGCAUCAGCGACAGCUCAACAGCUUCUGCGGACACAUCAGCGGAACCAGAGCCACUGGUGUUGAAUUUGGAAACAACACCAUUGCUGGAUAGCAUGCUGCCAGAGGGUGCAAUGGCCAUGGAUCGCAUCUUUGGCGGUGAUGUGGGAAAUCCACAUUGUUUUCCCUAUCAAGUGGGAAUGCUACUGCAGCGUCCCAAGGGUCUCUAUUGGUGCGGCGGCUCGCUUAUUUCGGAGCAACAUGUGCUAACAGCUGCACACUGUGUGGACAUGGCUAAACGCGCGUUAGUUUUUCUGGGCGCAAAUGAAAUUAAGAAUGCCAAGGAAUCGGGACAGGUGCGUCUUAUGGUGCCGAGCAGUAAUUUUCACAUAUAUCCCACCUGGAAUCCCAAACGCUUAAAAGAUGAUAUUGCGCUAGUGCGUCUGCCACAUGCAGUCGGCUUUAAUGAGCGCAUCCAUCCCAUUCAGUUGCCCAAGCGGCAUUACGAGUAUCGCAGCUUCAAAAACAAAUUGGGAAUUGCAUCUGGCUGGGGCCGUUAUGCUACAGGUGUGCAUGCCAUUAGCAAUGUACUGCGCUAUGUCCAACUGCAGAUAGUCGAUGAUCGGACAUGUAAACGAAACUUUCCGUUGUCCUUUCGUGGGACAAACAUCUGCACCAGUGGACGCAAUGCCAAGUCGACUUGCAAUGGCGAUUCGGGUGGACCGCUUGUUCUACAGCGUCGCCACUCAAAGAAACGUGUCCUGGUUGGCAUCACCUCAUUUGGCAGUAUAUAUGGUUGCGAUCGCGGCUAUCCGGCUGCCUUCACCAAGGUGGCCUCUUACCUGGACUGGAUUAGCGAUGAGACAGGCGUCCACUCGCACCAAGACACCACUGAGGCCAUUUUCUUUGAUCAGUAUAUCAAGAAAUAUUCAAAGCAGCAACACAAGCGCAAUCAUCACUUGGCAGAUGACAUACCCGACGAACUGGACAUCCAUCAUCCACUGUCCGAUGAGGAUGCGUCCGAAAAUAGUAGCCUACGACCACAUUCCAAACCGAAAUCCGAAUACGACUUUUAUUUCUUGUAGCUGCCAAGCGUUCAACAAAAUAAAUCCUUAUUUUAAGCAAACCGUCCUUUAUAACCAU